AUGACUAGUGACAAUAACAUUAGUAUGAAUAACAGAGGCUAUUACGAUCAUGAUGUCAGUCAUGAUGGCAACACGAAUAUUUCCAAAUACCAUAGAAAAUAUAUCAAUAAUGCCAUUAUUACUGAGAAUGGUAUAUUGAUUAAAAAUUUAAACGAUCCGCACAAUGGAUACAGUGAUUACUCUGAAGAAGAUGAUGGGGACAAUUCUGAUAGGAAUUCAGUAUUUGAGACAGCAUCUUUAAUUUCCUGUGUAACUUGUUUAAGUGAAAAUACAAUCUCUUCAAAUCAUCAACAUUAUUAUUCAUCUUCUUCGUAUCCCGUCAAACACGAUGCUGAUAAUGAUAGUGCCAAUAAUUUAUUAUUAUCUGGUGAAGAUGAUGAAAAUGGAGGAGAGGGUCCAUCUAAUUAUAAUAUCAACGAUGCAAACUACAAUGGUUCACAUUUUGAUCGGGAGAAAUUAUUAUUUUUACCCAACAAUUCUGUUAUUCCUUAUAGUAAGAUUUUAGAUGCUAGAAUGGUUGAUGAUUUAAGCAAAUUGCCCGUUGAAUCAACUGAUGGUAAGAAUGUACAAACAGUGGUUGUUGAUAAUAAAGGUUCCAGCGACAUUGAGAAUAAGAAAGGUAAUGAACCCACUCAUAUAAACACUAAUGCCACCAACAAUAUUAAAGGUAACAUCAAUAAUAACAAGACUGUUAUCAAGGAUGACUUUCUGUAUGUGGAAAUUACCUUUGCCAAGAAUAGGAGGACUGAUUUAAUACCUAAAAGAGCGAUUUUAAAAUUUAGCAAUGCAGAGUAUUCUAAAUUAUUUUUUGAGUUUAAGAAUCUCAGCGUCAAAAAAAAUACUUACACUGGGAAUAAGGAAAAAAAUAAAAGAAAGCAAGGAGAGGGAAAAAUCUCUGAUUUGAUUUUAUUAAAAAGUUAUGGUAAGGCUAAAAUAUAUAAACGAAUAUUAAUUAUUAUCAAUCCACAUGGUGGGAAAGGUAGGGCAAAUAAGUUGUUUUUGACCAAGGCACGUCCUAUUUUGAUGGCAAGUGGCUGUCAUUUAGAGUUAAAGGAAACUACAUAUUAUCAGGAGGCCAUGAAAUUUGCUUCAACUUUGGAUAUAGAAAAGUAUGAUGUGGUUGCAUGUGCUUCCGGUGAUGGUAUCCCCCACGAAGUUAUUAAUGGGCUAUACCAAAGAAAGGACCAUGUGAAGGCCUUUAACAAUCUAUGCAUAACACAAAUUCCUUGUGGUUCUGGGAAUGCUAUGAGUGCUAGCUGUCAUGGUACCAGCAACCCAUCACAUGCUGCUUUAAGUUUAAUUAAAGGGAUACCAAGAAGAAUGGAUUUGAUGUGUGUGAGUCAAAACUCCUACAGAGAUUCUGGUCAUAAAUUAUCAUUUUUAAGUCAGACUUAUGGGAUUAUUGCUGAAUCUGAUAUCAAUACUGAGUUUAUUAGAUGGAUAGGUCCAUCUAGAUUUGAAUUGGGAGUUACUUUAUCCGUUUUACAGAGAAAGAAAUACCCCUGUGAUAUAUUUGUUAAGUAUGCUGCCAAGAAUAAGAAGGAGCUGCGUCAACACUAUGAUAGAUGUAAAAAAGAAGUCAGAAAAAGUAACGAAUUUAUUAAUGAAAAUAUAUCAAUAUUGGACAAUAACAAUGAUAAUCAUGACAACAACGAAGAAGCAUUGUUGGAUAAUGAUGAUGAAGACGAGGAAGAGAGCCAGGAUGAUGAUGUUGAUGAAAAUGUCAACGACAGGCGAUUGAUUACAGAGGAAAAUUUCAAGUUGAAAUAUGAAUUACCAACUAGGGAUAUUGAUAUGAAUGAAAUACCGGAGGGGUGGGAGCAAAUAGAUCCGGAUUUGACAAGGAACACAGGUAUAUUUUAUGUAGGCAAAAUGCCGUAUAUAGCCGCAGAUACUAAAUUUUUCCCGGCUUCCUUGCCCAAUGAUGGAGCGAUGGAUUUGGUUUUAACUGAUGCUAGGACACCGGUUUCUAGAAUAGCACCAAUUCUAUUAUCAUUGGAUAAAGGGACCCACGUUUUGCAGCCGGAGGUUGUUCAUUCAAAAGUUGUUGCCUAUAGAUUGGUGCCUCAUGUUAAGAAGUCUGUAAUUUCCGUUGAUGGAGAGAAUUUCCCGUACGAACCCAUACAAGUGGAAAUCUUACCUAAAGUUUGUAAAGUGAUGAUGAUGAAUAAUGGUAAUUUUAUUGAAACUGAUUUUGAUAAGAUGUAG